AUGGCGUCCCAGAGCUCGCACCUCGGGGCGUACCGGAACUUGACGGACAAGUUCAUCAAGAUGCGCGAUAAAGCGCGUCGGGGAGACGCGCUCCGCGACGACUCGGAGAUCGAUCACAGGAGGGAAGCCGCGUCGACGCGCCUGUUAGAGGCUGCGAUCGAGAGCAGCAGCAGCAUGGGCGCGGGCGGCGGGGACGUCGCCAUCGACAUCCCGGACGGCCGCGGCGGUCGCGGCGGCCGCGGCGCGUCGCUCCCUCCCGCGUGGGUCGACUUCAGCGAGGAAGCGUCGGGGGACAUCGCGAGGAUCAAAGAGAAGAUCAAAGAGCUCGCCGCCGCGCACGCCAAGGCGUUGUUACCCACGUUCGACGAGAUGGGAGGCGCGGACGACCACGUCGUCGAGAUGGUGACGCAAGACGCGACGCGGCUUUUUAAACGUUGCGAAGGGCGUCUGCAGAGGCUGUCCGCCCCGGGCGUGUGCACGACGCGCGAGGACGCGACGAUCGUGAAGAACGUGCAGAGGAAGCUCGCGGUGGAGCUCCAAGCGCUGUCGAUGGAGUUUCGAAAGAUGCAGCGGAGUUACCUCGCGCGGCUCAAGUCGCAGCAGGACCGCGGCCCGGGCGCGAGGGGCGUGGACGACGUCUUCGGGUUCGUCGACGCCGCGGGAGGGAGUGGGAGUGGGAGUGGCGGGGGGGGAUGGGGGGACGAGUCCGCGCAGGAUCAAGACAUGGGGUUCACGGACGUGCAGCUGCAGAGGGUGGACAGGAGCGAGGCGAUGUCCUUCGAACGCGACCAGGAGGUUAUGAAGAUUUUGGAAUCCGUCAACGACUUGUCCAACGUCAUGAAGGACCUGUCCGUGUUGAUCAUCGACCAGGGGAGCAUCUUGGACCGGAUCGACUACAACUGCGAGCAGGUCGCGAUGACCGUGGACGACGGGCGGAAGCAGCUCAUAAAAGCGGAGACGCAUCAGAAGAACUCGCGGAUGAUCAUCUGCAUCUACUUCCUCAUGGUCAUGUGCGGGAUCAUGACGCUCGUCGUCGUGUUUCAGAAGAUGUAG